AUGUCUGAAGCAACCUUGAAGCUCGGUGACUCCCUCCCAGAGGGCGUCAAGUUUGGCUGGAUCCCACCUGCCCCCGAAAACGCAGAUAUCAAAGCAUGCGGAAUGCCAAUUAUCUACAAUGCAUCCAAGGAAUGGGCCAACAAGAAAGUCGUCAUCUUCUCCCUCCCCGGUGCAUUCACCCCUACCUGCAGCGCAUCGCAUUUACCAGGCUACAUUGCCAAUCUACCUGCUCUCCGCGAGAAGGGCGUCGAUGUCGUUGCUACCAUUGCUUACAAUGAUCCUUUCGUUAUGAGCGCAUGGGGAAAGGCAAAUGGAAUUCACAAUGAGGAUAUUCUCUUCCUCUCCGACAACCAAUGUGCGUUCUCCAAGCUCCUCGGCUGGACCGAUGGCGAACGUACCGGUCGCUACGCUCUCAUCAUUGACAACGGAAAGAUUGUAUAUGCAGAGAAGGAGCCCGGAAAGGGCGAGGUUACUGUUUCCGGCGCCGAGGCUGUUUUGAGCAAGUUGUAG